UCCAGUCUCCAGGCAGCCCACCGCGGGGGAAGAAGCGCUCUCCUCCCGCAGACUGCCAGGCUCCUGCUUCUCCUCACCCAGAGCCACCAUUGGCUGCCCCGGACUGCCGAAGCUGCCAGCCAGUGGCGACGGCAAAGAAACCCGUUUUCUCCCCCCACCACCACCGGUUGGAAACACUAGAUGAAAGGAAGGGAGUGGAUUAAAGUUUGGAUUGUGGAAAAGGGAGAAAAACGUCGCUGACGGAGCCGCCGCUGGCUGGAAGUUUCCGACCUGGAGGGGAGCUGCGCCGUGAUGUCGGUGACGCCGCUAGCGUCGACGGGAAGCUAACGUUAGCCGCGGUGCUAACGCUGCUGGAUACUCUCCUCAUCUCGGCAGCUCCGGAGACCCGUUUCUGGAUUUUUUUUAUCACUUUAAACACUUUGGAAUAGGGGUUAUGUUCUAUAUUUUUAUCAUGUUGUGUACUUUUAUACGACAUAGAGCUUUAGGCGUUAUUUCAGAAAUGGAAACUAGUGAGCGUUAGCUACCUAGCAGGCUAGUAGCUGUUGACUUCAAACUGACUCCAAGCCAAAGAUUUCUGUUUCAAAUUAGCUAGCCGCUCGGCAACAGUUUCCACGUCACCUGACUGGAUCACGGUGUAUCUGGUGGUUAUUAAAUGCUAUUUUCGAUUAGAAUAACUUUAUAUUUUUGAGGGUUCGUUUGUUUUCGAUGUGCAAAGGUCGACACUUUACUUCCAAAUCCAGGAAUGCGAUCAUCGAAUCACCAGCUCCCCCAGAAGGCUAGCAUGCUAACACGGAGUUAGCCGGCCAAAGUUGGAGUACUGCCCCCCCCCCCCGCUCACUCUGUGUGGGUCUGAGGCCUUAAGGAAAUUUCCCCAUUUUCUCCCAUUUUAAAGGAUUCUUCCACAGCCUUGAUCCCAGCUCCUGAGAGGAGCCCAGGAUCCCCGAAUAGCUGUGGGGAUUUCUGAAGCCUGCGACAAAGAGUUGGAUUUAGUUUCAUCAUCUCCAAAACGUGGAUUUACAAAGGAGUCCGGAUUAACGUCACACUGCAAAGAUGAUGUGUGAGGUGAUGCCCACCAUCAGCGAGACCGAAGGGCCCGGCGGGGGGGGCGGCCGGCGAGGCUCGGGCUCCCCGCUGCAGUCCGACUCCGAGGGCCACUUUGAGUCGCUGAUGGUGUCCAUGCUGGAGGAGAGGGAUCGGCUCCUGGACACUCUGAGGGAGACCCAGGAGAACCUGGGCCUGACGCAGAGCAAGCUGCAUGAAGUUAGCCACGAAAGGGACUCCCUGCAGAGGCAACUCAACACCGCCUUACCACAGGAGUUUGCGGCGCUGACGAAGGAAGUGAACAUGUACCGAGAGCAGCUUCUGGAGAAGGAGGAGGAGAUAGCGGAGCUGAAGGCAGAGAGAAACAACACCCGGCUGCUGCUGGAGCACCUGGAGUGCCUGGUGUCCCGUCACGAGCGCAGCCUGAGGAUGACGGUGGUGAAGAGGCAGGCUCAGUCCCCUGCAGGCGUCUCCAGUGAGGUGGAGGUCCUCAAAGCUCUUAAGUCACUUUUUGAACACCACAAAGCCCUUGAUGAGAAGGUGAGGGAGCGACUUCGUGUUGCUUUAGAGCGAUGCAGUGCGUUGGAGGAGCAACUCACCCUCUCCCACAAAGAACUUGCUUACCUCAGGGAGCAGAGCGGCCAGAAGAGAGGCCUGGCAGACGGAACCAGCGAGGUCAACCACACGUCUGAAAACACACCCAGCACCAACGGCAAGCGGUCCUCGGACGGUUCGCUGAGUCAGGAUGAAGAGUCCGGGUUCGGGAAGGUGGGUGAGCUGCAGGAGGUCGUGGACCGGCAGACGGCAGAUUUGGGCCAAAUGAAGGAGCGCAUGGCCGCCAUGGCGUCACGCAUCGGUGAGCUGGAGGAGGACCUGGACACGGCGAGAAAGGACCUCAUCAAGUCUGAAGACAUGAACACCAGGAUACAGCGAGACCUCAGAGAGUCUAUGGCUCAGAAGGAGGACAUGGAGGAGAGGAUCACCACCCUGGAGAAGCGCUACCUGGCAGCCCAGCGGGAGGCCACGUCCGUCCACGACCUCAACGACAAGCUGGAGAACGAAGUGGCCAACAAGGACUCGCUGUUCAGACAGUCUGAGGAGAGGAACCGGCAGCUGCAGGAGAAGCUGGAGCUGGCCGAGCAGAAGCUGCAGCAGACCAUCCGUAAAGCCGAGACUCUGCCGGAGGUGGAGGCGGAGCUCGCCCAGAGGGUCGCCGCCCUCACCAAGGCAGAGGAACGCCACGGCAAUGUGGAGGAGCGCCUGAGACAGAUGGAGGCCCAGCUGGAGGAGAAGAAUCAGGAACUUCUCAGGGCGAGGCAGCGAGAGAAGAUGAACGAGGAGCACAACAGACGUCUGUCUGAGACGGUGGAUAAACUCCUGUCAGAGUCCAACGAGAGGCUGCAGCUUCACCUCAAAGAGAGGAUGUCUGCUCUGGAGGACAAGAACGCCCUGAUUAGAGAACUGGAGCACACCAAGAAGCUGAUUGAGGAAUCUCACCAUGAGAAGGAGCAACUCCUCAUCCAGAUUGAGACGAUGAGGGCAGAGCAUGAGCAGGGCAGGAGCCGGAGUAACUCCUUACUGCACGGACGCUCUCAGCUGGGCAGCACGCCUGACUUCAGGUACCCAGUCUCGGCGUCCUCCAUGAUGGACAGCAACUCUGAGCAUUACGGCAGCGCUCUGGUUCUGAGGCGGCCUCAGAAAGGACGCGUGGCUGCACUGCGGGACGAGCCGUCCAAGGUGCAGACUCUGAACGAGCAGGAGUGGGAGCGCAUGCAGCAGGCCAACGUCCUGGCUAACGUGGCCCAGGCCUUCGAGAGCGACAUGGACGUGUCGGACCUGGAGGAGGACCGGGAGACGAUCUUCAGCUCGGUGGACCUGCUGUCCCCUGCUGGUCAGGCCGACGCGCAGACGCUGGCCUUGAUGCUGCAGGAGCAGCUGGACGCCAUCAACAACGAAAUCAGGAUGAUCCAGGAGGAGAAGGAGAGCACGGCCAUCCGAGCUGAGGAGAUCGAGUGCAGAGUCGGCAGCAGCGACGGCCUGGGGGGGCGUUUCCGCUCCCUCAGCUCCAUCCCCCCCUCCCUGUGCGCCGGCUCCUCGCUGGGAGGAUCCCCGCCCAACUCGGGCCAGUCCACCCCCAGACGCAUCCCCCGCAGCCCCAACAGGGAGCUGGAUCGGAUGGGGGUGAUGACCUUGCCUAGCGACCUGCGCAAGCAUCGCAGGAAGUCCGCUCAGGAUGACAAGGCCACCAUCCGCUGCGAGACGUCCCCCCCCACCACGCCGCGCUCCAUGCGCCUGAACAGGGACGUAGGACACGCCUCCAGCCACGAGGACAUCAGAGACAUCCGAGGCUUGGGGGGCCUGCAGGACGGCCAGGGCAGCAACCCCAGCAGCAGUAACAGCAGCCAGGACUCGCUCAACAAAGCAGCCAAGAAGAAGAGCAUCAAGUCGUCCAUUGGUCGCCUGUUCGGGAAGAAGGAGAAGGGCCGGCCCAGCAUUCCUGGGAAGGACUCCCCCAGCCAAGCUGGAACUCCUGAUGCAGAGAGCUCGCCGAAGGAAGGCGUGGCCAUGGCGUCGUUAGGCGGGCCCUCAGAGAAGAACAGGAAGCUGCAGAAGAAGCACGAGCUGCUGGAAGAAGCUCGCCGGCAGGGCCUGCCCUUCGCUCAGUGGGACGGGCCGACCGUGGUGGCCUGGUUAGAGCUGUGGGUGGGCAUGCCCGCCUGGUACGUGGCUGCAUGCCGAGCCAACGUGAAGAGCGGCGCCAUCAUGUCGGCGCUUUCUGACACGGAGAUCCAGAGAGAGAUCGGGAUCAGCAACCCGCUGCAUCGCCUCAAACUGCGGCUGGCCAUCCAGGAGAUCAUGUCGCUGACCAGCCCCUCGGCCCCGCCCACCUCCAGAACGUCUACAGGCAACGUUUGGGUCACACACGAGGAGAUGGAAAGUUUGGCAGCCACACCUCCUACGGAGGAUGACGAGGGCAGCUGGGCCCAGACGUUGGCGUAUGGAGACAUGAACCACGAGUGGAUCGGUAACGAGUGGCUGCCCAGCCUGGGUCUGCCGCAGUACCGCUCCUACUUCAUGGAGUCCCUGGUGGACGCCCGGAUGCUCGACCACCUGACCAAGAAGGACCUGAGAGGACAGCUGAAGAUGGUGGACAGCUUCCACAGGAACAGCUUCCAGUGUGGCGUGAUGUGUCUGCGGAGGCUGAACUAUGACAGGAAGGAGCUGGAGAGGAGGAGGGAGGAGUCCCUGCUGGAGCUCCGAGACGUGCUGGUGUGGACGAACGAGCGCGUGAUCGGCUGGGUUCAGGCCAUCGGCCUCAAGGAGUACAGCAGCAACCUUUACGAGAGCGGCGUCCACGGAGCGCUGCUCGCCCUGGACGAAACCUUCGACCACAACUCGCUGGCCCUGCUGCUGCAGAUCCCCACGCAGAACACGCAGGCCAGAGCAGCUCUGGAGCGAGAAUACAGCAGCCUGAUGGCCAUCGGUGCCGACAGGAGAAUAGAGGAGGACGACGAUAAGAACUUCCGCCGAGCGCCGUCAUGGAGGAAGAAGUUCCGACCCAAAGACAUGAGGGGGAUGUCGCUGGGUGCGUCGGAUACGCUGCCGGCUAACUUCAGAGUGACGGGCAGCAGCGCGGCGUCGCCCUCCACGCAGCCAAAGAGAAGCCCGAUGGACGGAGCUCAGUGUAUACAGAGGCUGGACACGGCCACAGUCAGGACCUACUCUUGUUAACACACAACGUUUAUCCUCAUUAUUUCUAUAGGUAGCCGCUGGUCCGAGGAUGAAGGGGAAUUCCCUGCAUUCAGAACCAGGAUGAUGAACUGAGACGACGCUAAAAAGGAUGAUUUUUAUCGACAGAAUAGAGACUUUACCGAGAGGAAACAUUCUAGAUUAAUCUACGUUUUUAUGAUAUUUAUGUCAACCAAGGGGGAGUUAUGAUUUGGAGUUAUUUAACCUCUUUCCUCCUCCUGUCCCCGUAAUCAGCCCACUUUAUAAAAAAUGUUUGUCUGUAACUGAAUGUUUCUAUCGUCUGGAGUUUGUAUAUUUCUACCAAAAGACGUUUUAUCUAAUCUUUUUGAUAAUCCUGAUUAUUGACCAGAUGUAUGUUUUCCUUCUCUAAUCAUUGGAUUUAUUCUUAAGUGACUUUAAUAUGACAUAACUUAAUUCAUAUCCUUUUUCCCUUUUGUCAGCUUCUGACCUGUGAGUUUGUGUAAAAGCGGCUCGUAGUUGAACAGACGUGUGAAUAUCAGAUUAACUGUUAAACAAACUCUUGAGUCGUCCAUCGCCUCCAACCAAACCGCAGGCCACGAAUAUCACGAGAAACCGAGUGUUUCUGCUUUUAUUUUCAUAUCUAAUACCAAAAUAUCUGAACCUCCAGAGUUAAAGCCAUAAAACAGUAGCAGGAGAAGCGAUGUGAAGGCUGCUUUCAGUGAAAUCAGACCUCCAGGUUUCCCUCACACGCCUUUCCCUUUAAGAACAGCCCACCUUCCUCCCCUCCGCAGCGCCGGAGUCUGAAGGCGGCGACUCCUUUUACGGACCAAGUUCACCGAGGCCUCAGCUGAUCCCCGCUGCCAUCACUACUCACCCUCCAAGGCGGUGCGAUCCACCCAUUAAGCUUUUUUAACAUCACUUUGUACUAAGAUUUUAUAGCAAGCCUUAUUGUUUACCUCCUUUCCUGUCUCUCUUAUUUAUUAUCGGUUGUCCCUUCGGAGCUAAAGCUCCUCUUCGUUCCUCAGAAACGGGUUCUGACGUUCGUCUUCACGGAGAACGAGAAGAACCGACGGUUUCUUUUCCGUGUAGCUUAUGCAGAAACUUUUUAUUUUGUCCUUGUGAUUUUAGUCAUUUAUGCACAAAGCAAAUCAUGUUGCUGUUUUUAUUCCUGCUUCUCCUGUUGGAUCUUCUGUUCUUGUAACAAUGAUGUACAGUCUGAGUACUUAUGAGCUAUUUUUAUCACAGUAUUAUUUAUUGCUUACUUUCAAUAAAAUGCUGAAGCGUAUUUUCCACUGCA